AUGGGAACCCUUCGCAUAAGACCAUUAACAAGCGAGGAUUUAGCAAAUUUACCCACGAGAUUUCAAAAAUCAGUGUUAUCUACAACUCCAUAUGCUCAAAAUCAAGUUAUCGUGUCUAAUGAUAAGAAUGAUAAGAAACAAACUUUUAAUUACGAUUAUGUGUUUGGUCCUGAAUCCACACAAAAAGAUGUAUAUGAUAAUGCUGUCUUCCAAUUAACUGAUAAAUUUUUAGAGGGAUAUAAUGUAACAAUAUUGGCAUACGGUCAAACCUCAUCUGGUAAAACAUUCACAAUGGGUACGUCAGAUAACGGAUUAAUAGAACCGGAAUCCAAAGGAAUAAUCCCAAGAUCUAUUUCAACCUUAUUUUCUUCAAUGCAGUCGGAUCAAUAUAAAACAAGAAAAUUUUCUAUGAAGGUUUCGUUUAUUGAAAUUUACAAUGAAGAUUUAAUUGAUUUAUUUUGUGAAGGUGAAGAGGAAUCAAGACCACAGGUUUUGAUUAGAGAAGAUUUGAAAGGAAAUAUUUUAUGGAGUGGUUUACAAGAAAUUAAAGUUAAUAAUGUCGAAGAAGUAAUGGAACACUUGACGCGUGGUUCAUUAAAUCGUCAAACCGGAGCGACAGAUAUGAAUGCUCAAUCUUCUAGAUCUCAUGCUAUUUUCUCCGUAACCUUAGAACAACAAAAGUUUGCAUCUAAAUCCGGGUCUAUUCCACCACCAACUGACUCACAACAAAAAUCAGAUGAUGGUGAAUGCAUCUCUAUUACAAGUAAAUUUCAUUUUGUCGAUUUAGCUGGAAGUGAAAGAUUAAAACGUACGUCUGCUAUCGGUGAACGUGUUAAAGAAGGCAUUUCAAUCAAUUCAGGCCUUUUAGCCUUAGGAAAUGUAAUAUCUGCUUUAGGUGAUCCGAACAAAGCAAAACAUACUACACACAUUCCAUAUAGAGAUUCGAAGCUUACUCGUCUCCUUCAAGAUUCUCUUGGAGGAAAUGCACAAACCCUAAUGAUUGCUUGCGUAUCUCCUGCUGAAUAUAAUCUUAGCGAAACUGUUAAUACAUUGAAAUAUGCAAAUCGCGCUAGAAAUAUUAAAAAUAAUGCUACCGUGAAUGCUAUUGAAAUAGCUUCUGGAAUUGUAAGUUCAAAUGGUACUUCUACAAACGGAACAUCGUCUGGAACAACUACUCCGGGUAUAAAUGGUAGAGAAACUCCACAACGUUAUAUUAAUGGAAGGGAGACUCCACAACGUUAUAUUAGAAGUGAAUCUCCAAACGAUACAAGACGUUCUUCAAAUACUUCAAAUAUUCCAAUUAUUUCACAGCAACAAGUAGUACAAAAUAAAGAUGUAAAGGCUCUUGAAGAACAACUUCUACAAUUAAAAAGGUCUUAUUCGGAACUUUCUCAACGUUAUGCGAAAACUUCUGCAGAAUUAGCAAUGCAUCAAGAUAAUACUGAUGGUUUAAAUACAGAUGCCACCACAGAACAAUUAUCUAAAAAACCAUUAUCCGUAAUUAAUGAACUCGAUGAGAAAAAUUACAAAAAUUAUGCAUCGUUUCAAGAAGCUGUUGAGCCUGUUAUAGAAGAAUACGAAAAAUCAAUUUCAUCUCUUGAAAGUCAAUUAGCGCGUUCAAAAGCUGCAUUAUUACAUUCUGAUUCGUUAUUGAAAGAAUAUGAACGUAAAUUAGAUUUUGUCGAGCAAUCUAAUGAACAAAGUAAGAUUCAAAUCAACGAUUUAAAAAAUAAGGUUGCUAAGCUUGUCGAGAGAGAAUCUAUUUCGGAACAUUAUAUCAAAGAACUUGAAACUAAAUUUGAAAAACUCUCUUCAGAACAAAUGCAAGAUCAAAAUUUAAUCAGCGAGUUAAAAUCACAAAUUGUCCAAAUGAGAGCUAAUCAUCCUAAUUCGGAAGGAUAUAUUAAAGAUUUAGAAAAUAGGCUUUCUAUAAGUGAAAAUAAAACUACUCAAUUAGUUGAAACUGUUAUAAAACUUGAAGAACGUUUGCAUCAACGUGAGGCGGAAUGUCAUCAACUAGACGAGAUAUUAAAACGAGUUGAUAUUGAUGAUGAAAAAAAAAUACUUUUAAACGAAUUAGAUGAUAGAGAGGAAAGGAUUUUACACCUUGAACAAAAAGUCGAAUCUCUUUUACAAGAAUUAGAAGAAUUAAGAAACCAUGAAGGCAAUCCUUCUCGAUCACAUGACGACUUUGAAUUAUCCUUAACUUCAAAAGAUAUUCCAUUUGCCUCACCAUCAAUUACACUUGGAGUUAAUAAUGAUCCAAUGAAGUAUUCUUCUUUAGAAUCAAAGUUUCUUGAUUUACAGAAAGAACAUGAAAAUAUUUUACAAGAAUUUGAGGAUAUUAAAUCAAAAUAUCAUUCAUGUCUUUUAGAAAUUCAAGGACUUCAAAAUCAAUUAGCUGAAGAAAAAGCAAUUCACCCAGAAAUGAUCGACGAUUUCAAAUCUACUCCUACCACGCCGUUUUCACCACGAUCUCCAGAUUUAAAUGCGUUUAGAUUAUCAUUACCUCCAACGACGAGUUUGAAUAAAUCAUCCAAUUUCAAUAAUUUAGCUACUUCAAAACUUUCCUUCCAUAGAAAGACAAGAUCACUUACCAUGGAUAUUUAUGGAUCAGGGGAAAAAGAUGAUGCUCAUCUUGCUUUGAUACAAAGACUUCGUGAUGAACUUCAACAACUUUCUUCAUUGCAUGAGGAUAAAGAUCAAGGAUUGAUUGCCAUUAAACAAGAAUUCGCAAGAAUUGAAAUGAAUUAUCGUGAAAAUUUAGAACUGGUCGUAGAACUACGUGAAGAAAUAAAAAGGCGUGACGCAUUCGUUCAAAUAGAAGUCAUGUCAGCGAUAACAUCUGAAACGGAAGGUGCGUCUUCUUAUUAUUCUGUCAAUACUAGUGAAGCUGAUUCAUUUGAAAUAGUACAAAGGUUACGUGAAGAAGUUGAACAACUUAAAGAAGAGCAAAAAUUAGCCAUGGAAUCUUUGUCAGAACGUCAAACAUUAUCAUUAAAGGAAGGCAAUGAAGUGCUAAGAAUUGAAUCAAGUAUUCGAGAAUUUCAAGAAGAAUUGAGGCAUUCUCUUGACAACAACGAAGAUGAACGGGUUAUUGAGCUACGGUCACGUAUUAAAGAAUUGGAACAAGAGCUUAUAAAGGCUAAAGAAGUACGGAGACAAGAACACAUUUCCGAGACAGCUUUACAUCUUGAAGAUGGCUUUAAUCCAUCUGAAUCCGGAGAAAAUAUUGAUUUAUCGAAAGAGUCUGAAGGAUAUUCUAAUAACAAAGAAAUUUUGGCGCUGAAACAACGUAUUGACAAACUUCAAUCCGAUAUAGAGUCAAAGAAUCGUACUAUUGCUGCUUUAUUACUGCCAACCGCUGAACAACAAAAUAUAAUUAAAAAAAUUGAAGCUGAAUUGCAAGAAGUUCGAGAAGUUCAACGACAAGUGAUGAAAGAUAAAAAUAAUCAAUUAGGCACUAUUACAGAUAAAGAAAAAACUGAUAACGAUACUAUUAAAACGUUGGAAGCUAGAGUUAAAGAACUUGAAGUUCAACUAACGAAAGCAAAAGAAGCUCAGCAUAUUCCGACUCCAAGAAAUUCUUUCCUACAUGCGGCUGAUCCAACAAAUAGGACUGUUUGCAAAUUACAAGAUAAAUUGUCAGAUUUACAAAAGGAACUUUCACGUAAAUCGGAAACAGAACAGAAUUUAAAAACUGAAAUGGAAUUAGUUAGUACUAUGCAGUCAAAAUUAGAAACUCUUAAGAAUGAUACUAAACGAAAGUACGAUUUAAUUGAAAGUCUUAAGAGAGAUCUAGUUGAUAAAGGCAUGUUACAACAGAAGCUCCAUGAGAAAGAAGCCGAAGUCAAUAUUUUACAAACUCAAUUGUCAACAGUUAGAAAACGAGGUUCUGAAAUGCAACACCAAAUAGAAGUUAUUCAAUCUCAAUUGCAAUCAGAAAAGACGCUAGAUGGAAAUUUAAAUUUACAUACGGAAUUAGAAAAUGUACAAAAAGAACUUAAAGAAGUAAAAGAAAAUGAUAACCUUACGGUCGAUCGCCUUAGGAUUCUAAAUGCUGAGGAAUUAAAACUUCAACAAGACUUACAACGAUUGCGUCAAGAUGAUAUUGUACAAAAAGAAAGAAUUAACGUUUUAGAAUCUAGAUUAGCUCAAGAUCUCGAAGUUGGUGAAGAACUAGUUUCUUUAAGAGCUGAACUAGCAAUUACUAAAGAAACAGAAGCCACACAAAAGCUACAAAUUUCAAAACUUGAAAAUACAUUAAAGGAUUAUGAAGCUGAAAUAAGCGAGCAUAAACAAAAAAGUGAAUCAUUUGAAAUUGGAUUAAAGCAAAUACAAGAAGAUACAAUUGCUAAUACAAAAGAUGAACUUGCAAAAUUUAAAGAAACUGAAUCUCAAUUAAGAUCUACCAUUCAAGAGUUAGAAACUAAGCUCGCAAAAGCAAAUAAGGAAAAUGAGCUAGUUCAAAUGAUAAAAGAUGAGAUCAAAUUAUUGAAAGAAUUAGACAUUGAACAGAAAUCUAAAAUUGAACAAUUACAAUAUCAACUUGAAGAAACUCAAAGUACAAAAAAUUUAGCAACCAAAGAGUUAAAAAGUAUGAAAGAAGAUUUUGUCGCUCAAAAAGAACAUGUCAUGACCUUGGAAGGGGAAUUAAAAGAUGUUCGAGUAGAACUGAUAAAAGCAAAUGAACAACAUUCCAAUAAUAUUAAAGAGCAUGAACAAUUUUCGAUUUUGUUGAACACUACGAAGAAAAAACGAGAUGAGGAAGAGAGGAAGAUCAGGUCAUUGGAAAGUGAAGUAGAAAGAUUAAAAGCUACUGGAGACGCCGACGAAAAAGAUAUAUUAAACUUAAAUACCGAAUUAUCUAAUUCAAAAAUGAAUAUCGAAGCUCAAAAUAAACGUUUAUUUGAAAUUGAAAGUCAGAUGAACCUUAUUGAGAAAGAACGAGGUCAACAUCUUGAGAACGUCAAAGAAUUAAGCGAAAUUCUUGGAACAAAAGAGUUUGAAAAAAAAGAAGCUGUAGUAGCACUUGAAAAUAAAGUUUCGGAUCUUCAAUCUCAACUCGAACAGGCCAAGAAAUCUUCAAAGGUUGAUCAGGAAACAAUUGCAAGUCUAGGAGAAAAACUUGCUUCUAUAAGUUUCCAACUUAAUGAUGAAAAAGAAUCGGAUGAACGACGUGUUCAGAUGAUCAAAAAUCUUGAGAUAGAAUUAAAUGAAGCCAAUGCUUUAUUAUCGGAAAAAGAGCAAUCUCUUUCUGAUAAAAAUUCGAAAUGUGCUGAAUUGGAAGCUAUAAUUGAAAAGAUAAGAACUGAUCUCAAGAACUUAAAUGCAUCCGAAGCUGCUAAAUAUGAUCAAAUCAAUCAAUUGAAAUCCGGUAUUGAACAAGCCAAAAGUUACGAAAGUCAACAAACAGAACUUAUUCUUUGUUUAGAAUCUCAACUUCAAAAAGCUGAAGAACAAAAUGAUGAUUACAGUUCACAACUUGCUGAAGCAAAUUCAGAGAUUGAUACGUUAAAAGAAAAGUGUGUUUCCUUACAAAACAAAAUUAAUGAAGUUCAUCAUGACUCUUUAUUAAAGAAAUUUUCAAAUAUUGAUGAAGGCCUUACGAAAGAAUUAAAGGAAGUUCUAGAAGAAGUACAUGCACAACAAGAGCGCGCGGAUGCAUUACUAAAGGAAACAAACAAGUUGAAAUCGGAAAAGAAUAAUCAUAUUAUUAUUAAUGCAGACCUUGCUCAGCAAAUUGAACGACUUCAAAGGGAUCUUGAAUCUUUAGCUGAAGAAUACGCUGAAGCUGUUACAAAACAAGAAGAUACUGAGGCUCUAAUGAAAGAUCAAAAGAUUCGAAUAUCUGAGUUGGAAACUGCAUUAGAAAUAGCAAAAAAUUCUCAAUCCUUAGGUGUUAAUUCAAAUCCAUCUCUUACAAAACUUGCUGCCGCGAAUGAAAGUUUACGACAAACAAAUGACGAUCUUAAUAAAAAGAUUACAGAAGCUGAACAUCGUGUUUCAACUUUAAGCCUAAGGUUGAAAACGUUAGAGAAUGAGUUAAAACGUACGGAUAAUGAUUCAUCAGUUGAUGUUUUGAAGGCGAAGAUUAAAGGACUUGAAAUUGAAUAUGAAGGAUUAAAACUAUCAAACGAAACAUUACUUGAAGAACGUAUAAAUCUUGAUCAAAGGAUAGAACACUUGGUGCAACAAUUACAAACAUCUGGUCAAGAUGGAAAUAAAACUGCCGUACAUCUUACUGAAUUGAACCUAAAGAUAUUAUCAAUUGAAAAAGAAAUGUCUCAAGAGAAACUAAAAGCUAAAGAAAAUACGUCCGAAAUGCAAAAAGAAAUUACAAGACUUAUCGAAUCAAACGAACAACUUGAGCAUGAGCUUAACGUUUCAAAACACCCUUUAACAGAUACUAUUGGAGACAAUGGAGAUUCACUUGAUUCAGGAUGUACUUAUAAACUUUGCCAAGAAGAAUCCACCAUUUCUCAGCAAAAUAAUCUUAUUAAAGUUCUUCAAGAUAAGAUUAACGCGCUCGAGAAACAAGCCGAAGUUCGUUCUAGUACACCAAUUGCGGAACUCGACGCAGUUGGUGGGUACCGUACAAGUAGUCCAACGAACGAAUUAAGAAAAUGUGCCGCUCGUGAUGGAUCACCUAAAGCAACACCACCCACUCCUCCACCAAAUCAACCUUUACCACCACCUCCACCUCCACCAAAAUCUCCUCUUCCACCAAGACCAGAAUCUCGAAAUGGUUCAAACACGCCUACGCUCGACCUUACAAUGGAAGUACAGAAACUUAAUAAACGAAUUGCAAAGAUGGAAGGAGAAAAUUUAGAAAGUCGUCAACUUGUAGACUCUUUAGAAGCUAUUCUUAAUGAUUCAGAGUCAAAUUUACGUGUUGCAAAUCAACAAUUACAAAUUUUACAACGGGAAAAAUCAGGUUUAAUGAAUCAAAUGAAGAGUUUGCAAAUGCAAUUGGAGGAAACGGAAACACAAUACGAACGUACUAAAACCUCAAUUCAACAAGAAAAGAAAGUUAUUGAGAACGUUUUGUUAGAAGAAAGAAAGGCUAAAGAGCAGGCCGAGAAAGCAAGACGACAACUUGAAAAUCAAUCUCUAGGAGAACGAAUAAUUUUAAACGUAGGCGGUGUUAAGUAUGAAACAUAUAGAUCAACUUUAACCGCAUAUCCAACAACAUUACUUGGUAUAAUGUUUCAAGAACGCAAUAAGGCUUUAUUACACCCUACAAAUGGCAAUGAAUAUUUCAUUGAUAGAGAUGGUAAAUUAUUUCGUUAUAUUUUGCAAUUUUACCGUAAAAAUAAAAUUGUGUGGCCUGAACCUGGCUCCGAAUAUUUUUCUAGAGAAGAAUUAGAAGAAGAAUUUGAUUAUUUUCAAAUUCCCCAAACGCCACAUUUUCAAAAUGAUAAUGUAUUAUCCCCAACAUCAUCCACCAAAAUUUCACCAAUUGCAAAAUUGGUUUCAAACAAAUUAGAUAAUUUUAUAUUAAUAUUAAAACAAUCAAUAAUAGAAAUCUGUACGACAUUAUCUGAAAUAAAUGUAGAAAAUUUUAAUAUUAUAUUCACGAUAACAUUUUCUCAAGAAACUUCAAUAUCAAAUGGUAUAACUUCUCUUAAUUUAAAACCAAAACCCAUGAACAAUCAUGAUAAUUUAAGUAAAAUUUUAUUAAAAUGGUUAUCACCUUUUGGUAAAAUAGGAUAUUUUCUUUUAGAUAAAUUUGGGGAAGAAAUUGGUGAAUACUUACAUCAAAACAUACCCGAAGUUUCCUGGGAAUUGAAUCAUAAAAUUUAUGGUCCUAGGGAAAGAUUUUAUGAUAUUAUUCUAAGUAUUAAUUAUCAAUUUAAUAGAGAUAAUGUAUUGAAAAAUAGUGAAUUAAAUGGAAUUUUCACUAAUAAUGAUGCUGAUGAAUUUUAA